AUGCGAAGCUUCCUGAACGUUGCCGUCCUGGCUGCCAGCGCGCAGGCUUUGGUUUCUCGCACUGAAAGCUGCUGCUUCCACCUCUCCGCUACUGGCGGCGGUUCGGGCCCCGUUGGACAGUUGAGCGACGGACAAAACCGUAUUGGUGAUACCAGUCUGCCCACUGGCACAUUCUGCAUUGGUCCCAAUGGCGGUUUGACUGACGAGAAGGGACGGGGAUGUAUUCUCACACCACCCACCACUCAACUUCAAUGCGAUACUGGUGCUACUCCCACUACGGGCUUCUCGGUCAAUGCCCAGGGCUUCCUCACGUUUGGAGGCACCACCAAGUUCUUUGCCUGCGAGACGGGCGAUAACGGUGGCUUGAACAUUUACACUCAGCUGAGCUCUGCCCUUAGCAAGUGCAAGUCUAUUGAGCUGAAGGCCGACAACUGCGCUCCAUCGUCUGGAGGCGGUGGCGGAACUGGCACUGGAACUGGCGCUGGAACUGGCGCUGGCACUGGCGCUGGCACUGGCACUGGCACUGGCACUGGCACUGGCACUGGCACUGGCACUGGCAGCAAUAACGCUUGUCCUGCCUCCUUGUCGCCUGGAAACUUCGAGUUCCCUCAUUUGAUCGUCCCCAUCAACUCAGCUUCCCCCAACACCGAGUACGGCACCUCGUUCAACGGCAAGAUCACCAACACCAUUUCCAGCAUCUUCAACUUCGAUAUUCCCACCGCCGACUCUGGUAAGACCUGCAGCUUGAUCUUCCUUUUCCCCAAGCAGUCGGAUCUCGAGACGUCCUCCUUCACCUUUAGCGGCGACGGCAAGAUCGACUUUGCUGCUCUGUCUAGUGCCGCCACGUUGCACACCACGUUCAGCAAUGCCCCCUCCGUCUCGAAGGAUCUCGGCACUCUCACUGUCUCUCCUGGCAACUCCUACGUCGUCUCUACCUUCUCUUGCCCGGCUGGCCAGCGUAUUGCGUACGAGAUGAAGAACGCCGGAAGCACCAAUUUGGAAUUCUUCCAGGAUUACAAUCCUUCUCCGUAA